AUGGCCGACCACUUCCCGACCAUCACGCAAUGCGCCCUCGUCGCGGCCGCGUUCAAGGUGCUGCUCUUCCCAGCAUACAAAUCGACCGACUUUGAGGUGCACCGCAAUUGGCUAGCCAUCACAGAGAGCCUGCCCAUCUCGCAGUGGUACCUCGAGAAGACGUCAGAAUGGACCCUCGACUACCCCCCCUUUUUCGCCUACUUCGAAUGGGCCCUGUCGCAGGUCGCCAAGCUCGUCGAUCCGUCCAUGACCAAGCUGUACAACCUUGAGUAUGACAGCUGGCAGACGAUAUACUUUCAGAGGUGGAGCGUCAUCAUUUCGGAGAUUGUUCUCGUCUUUGCGCUGCACAUGUUCAUCGACUCGGCGAGCCCCUCGAACCGGCGCGCUACCCAGACGGCUGCCCUCUCGAUUCUUCUGUCGCCCGGCCUGCUCAUCAUUGAUCACAUUCACUUCCAAUACAAUGGCUGCAUGUACGGCAUCCUCAUCAUCUCGCUCGUCCUGGCCCGCAGCAAAUCGACCCUGCUCUCCAGCGGUCUCGUCUUUGCUGCGCUGCUAUGCAUGAAGCACAUUUACCUGUAUCUGGCGCCUGCCUAUUUCGUCUUCCUGCUGCGCGCCUACUGCUUGUCGCCUAGAUCCAUCUACACCAUCAGGUUCUUCAACUGCGUCAAGCUUGGUCUUGGCAUUGGCGCCAUUUUCGGCGCCGCCUUCGGUCCCUUUGUGUACUUGCAGCAGAUUCCCCAGCUGCUCAGCCGGCUGUUUCCUUUCUCACGUGGGCUGUGCCAUGCCUACUGGGCCCCCAACAUCUGGGCGCUCUACUCGUUCGCCGACAGGGCUCUUAGGCGCCCGACGUGGGGAGAACUUAGUGGGCGCAGUGACACUCUGAAGAUAAAAAGACAAAAAUAUUCGGCUGGCACGUCCACGAAAAGGCCGACCCUGCUCAUCAUCAUCCCCUUUAGCCUCAUUGCGCUGCAGGACCGUCGAUACAUCGGCGCAUUCCGCCCGCUUGCCGUCGCGGGCCAUGUCUCUCUGUUCCCGUUGCUGUUCACGCCGGCCGAGUUUCCGAUCAAGACGGUGUACACCAUUUUCUGGCUGAUCCUCUUCCUCAUGGUGUUUGACCGACUGGCGCCGCCCUCGCGAAAGGCGAGGUUCUUCCUGCUCGAUCGCUUCAGCACGCUGUAUAUUGCCGUCAGCAUCCCGCUGAUUGUGUACUGCUCCCUUGUGCACCAAGUCGUGUUCGGCAAGCGCUAA